CCCAUAGGUUGGUUUGGAACAUUUGCAUCCAGGAUUGUGGGAAUCCGUGAGCGGAAGUCCUGAAGGGCCCGCGGCGUGCGACGUGCUCUGAGAUGCUGAGGAGGGUGUGAGUUUCUUCAGAGCUCGUGGGACCACCAAAUCAUUUAAGCUUCAGAGUUUCCCAUCAUGCCGCAGCCAGCCUCUCCACAGCAUCCGUGACUCUCAAGGAAUUUGGAUUUACCAGCAAAAAAGUCCAAGAAUAGAAGAGGAUGAUGUCAUUUGAGGACAUGACUGUGGAGUUCACCCAGGAGGAGUGGCAGCACCUGGACCCCGCCCAGAGACGCCUGUACCAGGACGUGAUGCUGGAGAUCUACAGCCACCUCGUGUCAGUGGGGUAUCCCAUUCCCAGCCCGGAGGUCAUCUUUAGGAUGGAGGAAGGAAAGGAGGCACGGACAGAGGAGGCUGAAUUCUCAGGCCAGAGGUGGUGUCAAGAAACAUGUGGGCUUGACUCCCCAUCACAGAAACUUUCUGAGAAAGCUUUGGUUCAAAGUGAUUAUUCAGCAAGUGAAGUCACCAGAGAUGGUUCAUGGUGUUCCCUUCUGCAAGAACUGUGGAAGAAUACUGACCCUACAAAGAGAGAUCAGCCAAACCGGACCCCACCCUCGAGUCCAGGUGCUGUCCUCGACAAGAAAACACUGUGCACAGACAGUGGCCGUGCAUGUCAGAAGCCUGGGGAAACCAUUGUUUUGGCACCCCACCUCAUCUCCACACAAGGGGGACUUCUAAGAUGUUACUCGCUUCCAACAAGUUUGAAUCUGAACCUAGAAGCAAAUGCUCAGAAGGAAAGCAGUGUCACAAAGCAGCUUCUUUACAUUGUGGUGUCUGGUCAGCUCGUCACACAGGGUUCUUGUAAGGCCAACUUUAUGAUUACUCAUGGAGGAGAGGAAGCCUGCACAAGGCCUGGGCGUGGAGACGGUCUCAGCCAUAAGUACCCACUGACACAGCACGACGGUUAUUCUCAGGAGAAAGCAGAUCAGGGUACUAAGUGUGGGAAGGUACUCUAUGCCGUGUCCUCUUCGCACAAACCCAGGAUCACUCCAACUGCGGAGAGCCCGUUUGUCUCAUACAAGGAUGGGAAGGCCUUCCUCCACAUGUCGGAGUCACUGCGUUACCCAUUUCCCCUGAAGGAGGGAGAGCUAAUUCAGGCUGGGGAGAACCCUUACAAAUGCAGCGGCUGUGGGAAAAUCUUUCGUACUGAGGCCGCGCUCCAAGAGCAUGAGCAAAUUCACACAGAAGAGAAGCCCUAUGUGUGCAGUCAGUGUGGGAAAGCUUUCGGCAGCAGGUCAGUUUUCUGUGAACAUGAGCUGCUUCACAGGAAGGAGAUGCCUUUUGUCUGUGAUAAAUGUGGGAAGGCCUUCUUGGAGAAGUCAGAGUUGACAUCCCAUCAACAAAGCCACACUGGAGAAAAGCCUUACAAAUGUUGUGAGUGUGAAAAGUCUUUCAAGUUUCCAUCCCAACUGAAGGUGCACUGUCAAAUCCACACAGGCGAGAAGCCUUAUGAAUGCCAGGAGUGUGGGAAAUCAUUCAGUAAAACAGCCAAACUCAAGGUGCACCAUCGAAUUCACACAGGAGAGAAACCUUACGUGUGCUCUGAGUGCGGGAAGGCCUUCAAUCAGAAAUCAAUACUGGACAGGCAUGGGAAACUUCAUCCUGGGGAGAAGCCUCACAGAUGCAGUGACUGUGGGAAGUCAUUUAAUUACCCGUCCCAGCUGAAGGUGCAUUACCACAGCCACACCGGGGAGAAGCCUUACAAAUGCCGAGAGUGUGGAAAGUCGUUUAAUUUUCCAUGUGAACUGAAGGUGCAUUAUCUAAAUCACACGGGGGAGAAGCCUUACAAAUGCCGAGAGUGUGGAAAGUCGUUUAAUUUUCCAUGUGAACUGAAGGUGCAUUAUCUAAAUCACACGGGGGAGAAGCCUUACAAAUGCCGAGAGUGUGGAAAGUCGUUUAAUUUUCCAUGUGAACUGAAGGUGCAUUAUCUAAAUCACACGGGGGAGAAGCCUUACAAAUGCCGAGACUGUUGGAAAUUGUUCAGUAAAAUGUCCCAACUGAAGGCACAUUAUCGAGUUCACACUGGGGAGAGGCCUUUCAAAUGUAGCCACUGUGGAAAAGCCUUUUCUACUAAGGAGCAAGUCCAAGUGCAUGAGCGCAUUCACACCGGCGAGAAACCCUUUGUGUGUACUGAAUGUGGGAGGACUUUUAAUGGUAGGUCAUCUUUUCGUAAACAUCAGUUAAUUCACACCAGAGACAGAACUUUUGUCUCUCAGAAACGUGGGACAGGCUUCCGAGAGUCAGCAGUGACACCCUAUCAAACCCACAUUAGUGAGAAGCCUUACAAAUGCCCUGACUGCGGGAAGUUGUUUAAUUACCCAUCCCAAAUGAAGUUACAUUAUCAAACCCACACGGGAGAGAAGCCUUGCAAAUGUCCUGACUGUGGGAGAUCCUUUAGUAAAACAUCUCAGCUAAAGGCACAUUCUCGAAUUCACACAGGGGAGAGGCCUUUUGUGUGUUCGGUGUGCAGGAAGGCCUUCAGUCAGAUGUCAACACUGGGCAGGCAUGAAAAAAUUCACCUGGUGGAGAAGCCUCACAAAUGCAAUUUCUGUGGGAAAUCAUUUAAUUAUCCAUCUGAAAUAAAGGUGCAUCUUCUGAUUCACACAGGGGAGAGACCUUACAAAUGCAGCUACUGUUGGAAAGCCUUUUGUACUAAGGUCCAACUCCAAGAGCAUGAACGAAUUCACACAGGAGAGAGGCCCUAUGUGUGCACUCACUGUGGGAAAGCCUUCAGAGGCAGGUCAGUUUUCUCUAAACAUAAGUGGAUUCACAGGAAGGAGACACCUUUUGUCUGUGACAAGUGUGGGAAGGCCUUCUCACAGAAGUCAGAGUUGACAUCUCAUGAACAGACUCACAUUGGACAGAAACCUUAUGAAUUCCAGAACUCAAAUGCUGUUUAGAUACACCAACUGAACAUAUUUCAUCGAAUUCACGUGGUGAAGAAGCCUUCCAAAUGCUUCAACUGUGGGAAAGUCUUGGCUUCUCUUUUUUUUUUUUUUUUUUUUUUUUUUUUGGUCUUUUUGAGACAGGGUCUCCCUGCAGCCACAGCUGGCCUGGAUUCACUAUGGAAACCAGGCUGGCCUCAAGCUCACAUAGAUCUGCCUGCCUCUGCUGCCCAAGUGCUGGUACUAAAGGUGUGCACCAUGCGUGGCUCAUUGGCUUCUAAUUUUAACUCUGCAAGAGCAUGAACAAAUUCACACAGGAGAGAAGCCCUAUAUGCAUGCUGAAUGUGAGGACAUCUUCAGUGGCAGGUUAACUUUGUAGGUACCAGACAGCUCCUAGAGUAAAGCUUUUGUCUGUUAACAAAUGUGGGUCAGAGUUGACAUCUCAUGAAGGAACUCAAAUUGGAGAAAAACCUUUGGAAGGUCACAAUUGAGAAAUCAUUCCUAUGUCCCACAUUCACUCAUUGGGAGACUUUAUGUGUGUUAUGGAUGUCUAAAGGUCUUCCUCAUCAGGUCAGAAUUCAACUCAUAUCAAGUAACUCAUUCCACAGACAGUUCUUACAGGUUUAGUUAUUAUAUAAUAGAUUUUACUGAGAAAUGAGUUCCUAGGUCAUCAGAAUAUUUACAAAUGAAAUGUAUUCUUUUAAUUACUUGAAACUCAUUUUAUAAGAAAUCUAAUUGUACACCCAA